AUAUUUCAUCUUAGUAAAGUGAGUGCUGACGCUGAAUGUUCCAGCUCCAUAUACACCAGAUAUCAAAAUAGUUAUAAGUGGAAAGGAAACUUCAAAGAAAGAUCGACUGCAAAAUGAAGUCAAAGAUUGUGAUUUUCAGCCUUCUUGCUGUGGCUUUGACGAGCCUGUCAAUCACGAAGAAGGUUGCUGGUGUGGAAAGCCAAGCUCCAGGGACAACUACGAACGAUGACCCAACUCGUAUAAUACAUAGGGUUGGAUAUGAUAAUGGAAGGAGUAAUACUCCAACAGCACCAUUACAUCACGCGGUUACUGGUUCAGUGGGAGGACAGAACGCAGGGGCACAUACAAACGAAGAGUUAACUCGCAUUAUAUCCAGGGUAGCGUAUGAUGAUGGGAGUGGGACGCCAAGAGCGGGGCCAAGAGGAGCAAAGUUUGCUGCAGGUGCAUCCACGAAUAGAAUCUGCUUCGAGUUGGAAUUGGAGAGCUAUCAAUAUGAUUGCCUCAAUGUGAAGAUAUCUAAAACCUUUGGGGCGACUCUAUACGCAUGCUAGUAUACUCCGGAAUGACGUGAUGGGUCUGGCGAUCAAGAAUAAAAACACAUUUGAAAACCUCACAGACUGAGGAAUACGACUGGGUACUCGAUCGCAUCUUCUGCGUCUUUCUUUUUCUUCUGUACUUUUUUUUUUUUGGGGGGGGGGGUGGGUAAUCAUUUCUGGUAUCGUCUAAAGCUAACGGCUUUUCAUUCGGUCAAACUGCAAUAUUUUCAGAGUUUGACACAUUCUUUAACAUUCAUCAUGGGUUAACCGUCAAAUUUCAUUAGAGAUGAAUUUUCUUUUUAAUACUCAGAGUCAUAAUAGCCUUAGCUUUCACGAUCAUGACGGUGGUAAGAAUUUUUUAACGUAAGUUAACUCUAUUCUCUUCUAUUUCGUGUUCUUUGUUUGAAUUUUCAAUUAUAAUAGUUUUAUAUAUCAUUUUAAUUCUUCUGUCAUACAAUCUAGAGAUAAUGGAUUUAAUCGCAUGGCACGGAAUAAUUAAUCUUAUGAGGAGCGAAUUUAAUUCAUGUCAUCGAUCAAAUUCUAUCCGACGAAGUAAAGAACCUUUACGUUUUCUUGUUUAUUUUUUCUUUUCUUUUUCACCUCAUUAUGAUAAAAAAAAACAUUUCAGGGGAAAGCUGAUAGUGUUUUAAAAACAAAAAGAUUUUAAAAUCUAAUGGUAACUUUGGGGUAUCCUUGCAUGCGCUUAUCAUGGCAAUUAUAUAAUCUUUCGUGUUUUCGUUACCCACCUAUGUUUCUGUAUCAUGUCAAAUGAUUAUUCUGUUCCGCUUUGAUUGCAACGGUAAAACAAACUUUUACGUAUUAUUUUUCUGGAAAAUUAUAUUAUUGUUUAUUAAAACAUUGAACGCAAAAUAAAUUCAAUCAAUCAACAAUC